AUGUUUGGUGCUUUCAAAGCUACUAAUGUUGCCCUUGGAGGUCUACUAUGGAAAAUUCCAUGGAGAAUGUCAAAACAUCAAAAAUAUAGACAUAGAAAAAGAAUGCAAUCAGUUGAUGAAGUGAUCAAGACAUUAUAUCAAGGUUUAAAGCAAACUGGUCAAUCAAAUCCAAAAAUUGAAAGAUUUUAUUUCAACUAUCCAAAAGAAUCUCAAAUGGAUCCAUUUGAUAAAUAUUUUGUUUAUAAUAAAUAUUCAAAAGGUUAUAGAAAAGGUGUCCAUAAAGUUCCUAAAUUUACUAAACUCAGUAUCAGAGAGAAUCCAAAAUACUUUUGA